AUGAAAUACAACAACUAGGAGCACUUAAAUUAAAUGCUUUCAAUUUAUAUAUAGGAUACUAUGUAAAUCUUUUAUGUUAAUACUGUUUACUCUCCUACACAACUUGCUCAAUAGUUUUGCUCUUAAUUUAAUUUGGAUUAGAUAAAUGUAAAGUUAAUCAUACAAAAUUUAUUGAAAAUUAUUGAAUCUGCAUCCAAGUUACCACAAUAUUCAUACCUUAUUUAAUAUUAUUAAAAUUAUACUGAUAUGAAACCUUAAUCCAAUAUUUCAUUUAAAUAAUCAUACAAAUUGUGUGAAUUCUUAUAAGAUUAACCAUAAUUAUUUUAUAGAACAUAAUAAUUUUAAAGAAAAAUUUAAUAAAAUAUUGAAAAUAUUCGAUAAUAAAUGGAUUAAGUAUUAAGCACUCAUUGUACAUUUAAUCCAUAACUAAACUACUCAAAUUAAUAACAAGAUGUCAAUAGAUAUUUAAAUCUAUAUCAAAAAGGAUUGCUUAAAUAAAUAAAAAGAAACUAAAGCAAAUAAACUCAAGUUGAUAUAUUAGAUUAAAUUGAUGAUAAUUGUACCUUUGAACCUUCUAUUAAUAAAAAUUUUAAAUUUCAAAAAUAAAAAUCUGAAAAUACACCAAGUCAAUUAAAUUUUAUGAUAAAAAAUCAUUUGCUAAAAUAAAAAUAAUACUACCAUCAACUUUUCCAAUUAUUAGAUAGUAAUAAUGAUGGUUUAAUUUCUAAAAAUGAAAUCGAUAUUAGUCAAUUAAAUCAACAAGAAAUAUAGUAUCAAUUUUAUAAUUAAUUAGACAUCUUAUGCCUUUGCUAAUGAAAAUUGAAAAAGAAAAUUUAGAAUUAGAUUAUAAUUAAUUUAUUACUAUAUAAUUAAAUUGA